AUGUUAACUGGACCUCGACAUUCUACCAGUCCAUCCAAUGACAUUUGCCGAUCUUCAUCCUGCCUAUGCUCCUUGCCCCCUAGCCCCUUUGUUUCCCCUUUUAUUCCCGCAUUCUCGAACCCAACUGACCAAGCUGAUGCAUCUACUUUGCAAUCAACCCCCAUCAUUUCCAAAUCAACAAAUGAUGCACCCGAUUUCAACCCAUAUCUUCUCCACUCCUGGCCAAGCAGCCUGAUCGGACUCUACGAGUUACCACCACAGCAUCCUGGCCGCACAAAACGUAACCAUAUGGCCGAUCAGGAAGCAGCCGGAGCCGGUGAAGAGCUCGAGCCCAGUUUGGUUCUGGUGGACCGGCUAAUGCAGAUUACAGAUACCUCUACAGUGUAG